UGUCCUGACUUCCUUUGGUGAUGAACAGGGAUAUGGAAGUGUAAGCCAAUGAAAGCUUUCAUGGUGUCUCAUCACAGCAGUAGUAAUCCUUACUAGGACAAAUGGGGACCAGGAUAGUGGGGGUAUUGCUGUGUCAGACCUGAUCAUUUGAGGAGGAUUGUGGAAGGACUUUGGAGCCUUGUGCUAGAAAAGCCAUUGAGUGCUGAGAGUUUGGUGAGCUGUUCUUAGGAGUUUGGAAGGGAAGAAUGUUGAGAUCCGCGCAGACAACGGAGGCCUGGCUUGUGAAGUUUCCGGGAGAAGCAAAGACUCUAAACAGGGCCGUUUGUGUGAGGGAUCUGUGGUGACUGGUCAACUGGAGCGGAAGAGUUAGCUGGGAUUAACAAGAAACCAGGACCACUAAAGUAAAACCUUUGAUUGGCUGGGACAAUGGAUGCUGGCACUAAAGAAUCAGCUGUGAUUAAGAUGAGACCAGCAUCACUGAGGUGAAGUCAGAGGCUGUGUUCCAGAGGUGGCCGAGGUUGUACCUCCUGCUGGCAGCCGAGCUGGGGAGUGUGAGAAUCACUUAGGUGGUGGUGUUGGUUUUGAAGGUGUGAACGUGGAGAGCAGCUGAGGCUUGGCACUGCGUGGCAGGGUUAAGAGAGCUCAGGAGAGGCUCCUGGUGAGAGUGGAGCCCAGUUACAGCAGAAGACUCCAGUACUGGGGGAUGCCAGUACUGUAGGAUGAUCAAACCGCAGAGGAGUGCAGCCAAUCAGAACCUAAGAAGACAAGCUACGUGUGCUGAAGAGGGCAGAGCCAGAGACGUGCCCUUUGGAGGAGCCCAGAAGACGGAGCCAGGCUUCCACAGAAAUGACUGAUCCUCAAACCCGAGCAAACAGUGCAGAUGAUGAGCCCAGAGUGUUCGUGUGAGCGGAGUAUGGCGUCCUGGAACAGACGGUGGUUUUCCUGCGGUGAACUCCUGCCCUGCCUUCAGGUAGCUGGCUCGUGGCUCCCAACCCUGAGCUCUCGGUGAACCUGGGAAGGGGAUGAGAAUAGGGUAGGUGAGCUCCAGCCAAGCCAGCCCUGCCAGAGACCUCCAGUUUCGGUGGCCAGUGCUCUGAGCCACAGUGCGCUUCAGCAUUUGGAUCUAUGGGCUUGCUUUGAACCAUAGAGCCUGCCUAUGGGGGAAGGUGACGCCAUCUGGGCCCCAUCCAUCCUUCCUCACAGUACCCUCGGCACCUUAAGCCACCACCCUGAGCUGCAUUUUGGAGGGAAGAUGGAAUCUAAGGUCUCAGAAGGUGGCCUGAACGUAACCCUGACCAUCCGCCUACUGAUGCAUGGAAAGGAAGUUGGAAGCAUCAUCGGGAAGAAAGGAGAAACAGUAAAGAAGAUGCGUGAAGAGAGUGGCGCCAGGAUCAACAUCUCAGAGGGAAACUGCCCAGAGAGAAUCGUCACAAUCACAGGCCCGACUGACGCCAUCUUCAAGGCCUUUGCUAUGAUCGCGUACAAGUUUGAGGAGGACAUCAUUAAUUCCAUGAGCAACAGCCCUGCCACCAGCAAGCCCCCAGUGACACUGCGACUAGUGGUCCCUGCCAGCCAGUGUGGGUCCCUGAUCGGCAAAGGUGGCUCCAAGAUCAAGGAGAUCCGGGAGUCCACAGGUGCUCAGGUCCAGGUGGCAGGUGACAUGCUGCCCAACUCCACAGAGCGAGCAGUGACUAUCUCAGGGACCCCAGACGCCAUCAUCCAGUGUGUGAAACAGAUCUGUGUGGUCAUGCUGGAGUCCCCACCGAAAGGUGCCACCAUUCCCUACCGCCCAAAGCCCGCCUCCACCCCUGUCAUUUUUGCAGGUGGUCAGGUAAGAGCCGACCCGCUCGCGGCCUCCACUGCCAACCUCAGCCUUUUACUGCAGCAUCCGCCGCUGCCCGCCUACACAAUCCAGGGACAGUACGCCAUCCCCCACCCAGAUCAGUUGACCAAGCUCCACCAGUUGGCCAUGCAGCAAACCCCCUUUCCUCCCCUCGGACAGACCAACCCCGCUUUCCCCGGAGAAAAGCUGCCUUUACACUCCUCCGAAGAAGCUCAAAAUCUGAUGGGCCAGUCGUCAGGUCUGGAUGCCAGCCCACCGGCCAGCACUCAUGAGCUCACCAUUCCCAAUGAUCUUAUAGGCUGCAUAAUUGGACGCCAAGGCACCAAAAUCAAUGAAAUCCGACAGAUGUCUGGAGCUCAGAUCAAAAUCGCCAAUGCCACUGAAGGGUCAUCAGAGCGCCAGAUUACCAUCACAGGGACCCCAGCCAACAUCAGCCUUGCCCAGUAUCUCAUCAACGCUAGGCUGACGUCUGAGGUCACCGGGAUGGGUGCACUCUAACCUACCCAAGGCCCUCCACUGCACACAUCGGAUGGCUCCAGCCCGCAGCCUCACCAGCUGGCACACUGUACAGACUGCCUGUCCUUCCUUGCAGAUAUGAAUAGAGCGUUUUCUUUACAGAUGAUAGUGCGUGUCUGCCCACUCAGGCCCUGUGCGCUGUGUUAGUGUAGCCCUCCACGCAUUGGCAUGCAGCUCUUUACUUUACUGCUCAACGUAUUCCCAGAUGUGAUGUUUCAGAGAUUUAUCCCUCAGUAUCCAUGUGACUGUCUGUUUCAAAGUUGGUUUGAUGCUUUAACAGCACUUCCCAUGUCCUGCUGUCCCUUGUUCUCAGAGGCCCUCCUCUCUUACCCGGUCUACUGACUCAUUUCCGCCCUAGGUUGUACGCAGGGAUCAGAGGUACUUUUAUUGCAACCUGCAGGGAAUGUCUGGAAGAGUAGGGACUUGGGGUGUACCUAAGGAGCAGGGUAGAGUGCCAGAGGGUGGGGUGGGACCCUGACUUCACUGGGAUAUCUCGGGGAGGGGGCACUUGUGGCCCCCAGGUGUCUUCCAAGAUGGCUAAGAACAAGGACUUGCCGGAAAGUUCAUCUGCAACCAUCAGAGUUCAAUAAAUGUCGUGUUCCUCCCCCAUGGCUCUG